GCCCCGCCCCGCGCGCCGUGGCCGUUUGAAGUGACUAAUUUCUGUCAUAUGACUGAGGCGCCCAUGGGGGUGGCGGGGAGGCUGUAGCGGGGGCCUGGCGAGAGCUUAGCAGAGCGACCCCGGCCUGGCCGUGGCCAGCAUGGCCCCUACGCUCUUCCAGAAGCUUUUCAGCAAGAGGAGCGGGCUGGGCGCGCCCGGCCGAGACGCCCGAGACUCGGAUUGCGCGUUCAGUUGGCCUUUGUCAGAGUUUGAUCCAAGCCAGAUUCGACUAAUUGUGUAUCAAGACUGUGAAAGACGAGGAAGAAAUGUGUUAUUUGACUCCAGUGUUAAGAGAAAACAUGAGGAUACAUCAGUAUCGAAACUCUGUAGUGAUGCUCAAGUUAAAGUCUUUGGGAAAUGCUGCCAGCUGAAGCCUGGAGGAGAUAGUUCUUCCUCUUUGGACAGUUCCAUUGCUCUGUCUUCUGAUAUAAAAGACCAGUGUCCUAAGUAUCAGGGUUCUCGGUGCUCUUCUGAUGCCAGUAUGCUUGGAGAAAUGAUGUUUGGCUCAGUAGCAAUGAGCUACAAAGGAUCCACCUUAAAAAUUCAUCAGAUCCGUUCUCCUCCCCAGCUCAUGCUAAGCAAAGUCUUUACUGCACGGACUGGCAGCAGCAUCUGUGGCAGUCUUAAUACACUGCAAGACAGUCUUGAGUUUAUCAAUCAGGACAACAAUACUUUGAAGGCUGAUAAUAACACAGUUAUUAAUGGACUCCUUGGAAAUAUAGGUCUUUCACAGUUCUGCAGCCCCAGGCGGGCAUUCUCUGAGCAGGGUCCGCUCCGCUUGAUCAGGAGUGCCUCUUUCUUUGCAGUUCACAGUAAUCCAAUGGACAUGCCUGGAAGAGAACUGAAUGAGGACAGAGACAGUGGCAUAGCACGUUCUGCGUCUCUCAGCAGCUUGCUUAUCACCCCGUUUCCUUCCCCAAACUCUUCACUUACUCGAAGUUGUGCCAGCAGCUACCAGCGACGUUGGCGACGCAGCCAAACAACAAGUUUGGAAAAUGGGGUAUUUCCUAGAUGGUCUAUAGAAGAAAGCUUUAAUCUGUCAGAUGAAAGCUGUGGCCCUAACCCAGGAAUUGUGAGAAAAAAGAAGAUUGCAAUUGGAGUAAUCUUUUCAUUAUCCAAAGAUGAAGAUGAAAACAACAAAUUUAAUGAAUUCUUUUUUUCACAUUUUCCUCUCUUUGAAAGCCACAUGAACAAAUUAAAGAGUGCAAUAGAACAGGCUAUGAAAAUGAGCCGGAGAUCAACUGAUGCCAGUCAGAGGAGUUUGGCAUAUAAUCGAAUAGUUGAUGCCCUAAAUGAAUUCAGAACAACAAUUUGUAAUCUUUACACAAUGCCACGGAUUGGAGAGCCUGUCUGGCUUACGAUGAUGUCUGGGACUCCAGAAAAGAAUCAGCUGUGCCAUCGUUUCAUGAAGGAGUUUACUUUUCUCAUGGAAAAUGCUGCCAGAAAUCAAUUCUUGCCAGCUCUUAUUACUGCAGUUCUGACCAAUCAUCUUGCCUGGGUUCCAACAGUCAUGCCAAAUGGACAACCACCUAUAAAAAUAUUUUUAGAAAAGCAUUCCUCUCAGAGUGUAGACAUGUUGGCAAAAACUCAUCCAUAUAACCCACUUUGGGCCCAACUUGGAGAUUUGUAUGGCGCUAUUGGCUCUCCUGUACGGUUAGCAAGAACUGUAGUGGUUGGCAAACGACAAGAUAUGGUCCAGAGGCUGCUUUAUUUUCUUACUUAUUUCAUAAGAUGCUCUGAACUUCAAGAAACUCAUCUUUUAGAAAAUGGAGAAGAUGAAGCCAUUGUUAUGCCAGGCACAGUGAUUACAACCACUUUAGAGAAAGGUGAAAUCGAGGAAUCCGAGUAUGUCCUUAUCACAAUGCAUAGAAACAAAAGCAGUUUGCUCUUUAAGGAGUCUGAAGAGACAAAAGCUCCUCAUUGUAACUGUAAAUACUGCAGUCAUCCACUUCUUGGGCAGAAUACAGAGAAUGUGUCCCAACAAGAGAAAGAUGAUAUUCAAAACAAUUCUAAAGCUUUGCUAGGAAUUUCAGAUGAAUGCCGAAUGAUUUCUCCUGACUGCCAAGAAGAAAAUGUUGUUGAUAUUAAACAGUAUAAAUUAAGAACUUGUCUUGACACCAAGUUAGAGACUGUUGUUUGCACAGGAUCUGCUCCAGUAGAUAAGCACACAUUGUCAGAAACAGGCUCAGAGCCAACAGAGGAAACAUGGCAGGGUAAGGAACUGCUGGAUUCAGAUGACCGCACAGACCAGGCAAUGAGAGCCACAGGAACAGUUGUGGGAAAAAAACCUCCAGAUAAGAUUGUGCCUGGUGUAUUUUCUUGUGAUGUAAGCCAGACAAAGGUUACUUUCCUCAUUGGAGAUUCUAUGUCACCUGAUUCCGAUACUGAACUUAGGAGUCAGGCAGUGGUGGAUCAGAUAACCAAGCAUCACAGCAAACCUUUGAAAGAGGACAGAGGGGCUGUAAAUAUGCAUCAGGAACCUACACAUACAACUGAGGACCAACCUGGAGAGUCUGAUGGACAGAACACGGUUUCUGGAGAGACCCCUGAACUUCCCUGUUGGAAUCAUUCAGACCUAGAGAGCAUAAGCUUAUUUGAUGAAUAUUUUAAUGAUGAUUCAAUUGAAACAAGGACUAUUGAUGAUGUUCCAAUUAAAAUAAGUACAGACAGUAAAGAACACUGCUGUAUGUUAGAGUUUUCAAAAAGAUUGUGUACAAAAAGUAACAAACAGAACAAUGAACUUUGUAAAUGUGUAGAAACUAUUCACCAAGAUUCAUGUAAAAACUGUUUUCCUCCGCAAGAUCAAAGAGGUAGAUACUCCAUUCUUGUCCCCCAUGGGGACAAAGAGAGUGCAGAGAAGAAAACUGCUGUAGGAACUGAGUGGGACAUUCCAAGAAAUGAAAGUUCAGAUAGUGCCCUUGGAGAUAGCGAAAGUGAAGAUACAGGUCAUGAUAUGACCAGACAAGUCAGCAGUUACUAUGGAGGAGAGCAAGAAGAUUGGGCCGAAGAAGAUGAGAUUCCCUUUCCUGGGUCAAAGCUAAUUGAAGUGAGUGCUGUUCAGCCCAACAUUGCCAACUUUGGGAGGUCCUUGCUAGGUGGCUACUGCUCAUCUUAUGUUCCUGACUUUGUUCUUCAAGGAAUUGGGAAUGAUGAGAGACUCCGUCAGUGCCUGGUAGCAGAUUUGUCUCAUGCUGUACAGUGUGUAAUGCACCUUGAAGACCGGUUACAGGAACUGUACUUCAAGAGCAAAAUGCUGUCUGAGUAUCUGAGGGGGCAGAUGCGUGUUCAUGUGAAGGAGCUGGGAGUGGUUCUUGGGAUUGAAUCCAGUGAUCUUCCUCUUCUGGCUGCUGUAGCAAGCACUCACUCUCCAUAUGUUGCCCAGAUACUUCUUUAAUGCGUCUAAAGGUUAACAUUGGUGGCAAGUUAAACAGAAAUGAAGGAAGACGGCGAAAUAUGUAGUUAUGGAGAUUUUUUUCCCAUUCGACUUCCAUCUGAAUGAGUCCACCUCCUGGGUGUCUUGUAUUGCAUUGCAUAUUCUCUGUAUAAUGGAUGAUUUUUCUUUUAAACUGGACUCCUGGAUGGUGGUAGAUUUUUAACCACAUGAAACUAAAGCAGCAUGAACAACCUGUGGUGAGGGCAUUUGAAAAAGCCAAAGUAUAUAAUUCUAUAGAAAUUUAUACAAAAUGAAUACUAGCAAGGCAUUUCAUAUACUGUCACAACUCGUAAAUACCAAGAGAUGGCUCACAAUUGAGUGGCUCAGAAAUAGUCAUUUCAUCAAGUUUUUAAUUCUUUAUUGAGUUACAGCUAUCUGUACAAUUUUGAUUAUUCAUUAUUUUGUUUGCAAUUCAAAACUGCUAAUUUCUAGUUAUUGCUCAAAAGUAUUUGAGCAGUCAAUUAAUAACAAACUGAGAAUGAGUGACAAUGUGUGUUAUAUUAUCCACCCAAGUGUACAUAUGUAUCUAUUUUUUUAAAAGCAGAAGUAGAAAUAUAAGACUGGGAAACACGCCUUUUUAAAAAAGCAUUUUCAACUAGUAUUAAUUGUACAUAAUGUUGAACUACUUUUUAGUGAUUUUUCUGUUUCACACAUACUAAAAUACACAUAAAGCCAAUCUUCUUUUAAGGCUGAGGAAUAUAGAUUCCAAAAAAUAAGAAUACUACUUUAUACUGUUUGUUUUAUAAGUAUGAACUAAUUCUUAUAAAUAUUAAUAUUUGCAUAUUCAGUAAAUGAAUUUAAUAAAUGAAAAUUAGGGUUUAAAAAUUGCACCAAAGCAUUGGCAAAAAAUAAUAUUUUCUUUAAAAGUGCUCAGGUAACCAAGGCCCUUCUUUUCCAUAUCAGCCCUUCUAGAACCCACAGGAGCAAGACAUUUGUUUCAGUGCUUAAUAAUAAUCAGUUUGCACCAACAGAACUCAUAAAACUCUUAAAUUGUUCUUUUCUCUAAGAGCUCUUCCCUUCCAAAAGCUGAUUGCUUUUAAAAGACUUACCAGUUGUUACUGUCGAUGUAUAUAGUGUAGAAUUUUGCUUGUAAGAAAGGCUAAUAAGGAACCAAACUCCUGUAAGUAAUGUAAAUAAAAAGAUGGAUAGAUAAAGUUUUCAAUAUGCUCUACUACCUCAGUUUACUUGAAAUACUGCAUUAUAAUAUAUUUUUGCUUUGCUUAUCUGGUCUAAGAUACAUUUAAUGCUCGAAAUAAAAUUGAUUCCUGCUUUCAUUUAUUACUAUUUUCAUUGUAUUUGAUUAGCUUAAAAAAAGCCACUUAGUCACUAUAAAUAUUUACUGAACAACUCAUCCGUUGUUAUUUAAUUUUUCAUUAAGUGAUGGAUGAUUUCUGUCAUUCGUUUAGUCUUUGAAUUUAGAGCUUUGGGUCAAAUUUCACUUUGCUGUUUAUGUUUAUUUGGGAGAUUUUGAAAGAGAGAAGAGAGGUGAUUUCCGUGGACUGUAAAUCUGCAGUGAGCGUACUUGGCGUUUCCUUGGCUCGUGUCCUGUUAGCUGGUCGCACUCAGUACCUGAGUCUCCCAUGGAUGACUUGCUGCCAAGGAGUGUUUAUGCACAGAUUUUCUUAAUUUAAUUUUCUUAUUCCAUUAAUGAACAAAAUUCUGCUGUAGUCUUUUUUUUUGGAAUCCAACAAAUUGAUCUCUUUGGCAGAAUUCAAAAAUGUAGAAAAGUUCCUGUAUGGGCCAUUGUACAUUUAUUUUUUAUUGUGGCUCAGAAUAAUAUGUAACAGGUAGAUAACAGUUGUGUUGGGUGUUUUCUUAAUCAUCAGACUAUUCUCAUUCCUAUUUGAAAUGUUCGAAUAAAUAACUUCAAUAAUUCUAGUCUUCAGUAAGUGAAUGGCUCAUGCUGUUAUUCUUAAAACUAAUCUUUGCUAAGAUGAAUAAGACCUGUAGUUUCUUAAAGAGUCAUUAAUCCUUAUAGGAUUCCUGAGUUUUGUAAUUCUUAUCCUUUCUAUAAUUUCUAGUACCUUCAUCAUAAUCACUCUUUUCUUACAUAAAACCCAGGAAUGAGCUGCUACUACUCCAUUCAAGUGUGGUCAUUGUGAUGAAUAUGAAGAGUUUGGUCUGUUCAAAAUAAGUUUUUCAAAUUCUUAUGGUACAAGUAUCUAUUACAUAUCAAAACACCUGUUGCAACAGGAAAUAAAAGGGAUCUUUUGUAUUAUAGAAUUAAAACUAAUUUCUCCAUGCAUAUGUACUACUUUUUUUUUCCUGGCAUUUAUUAAUGUCUUAAUUUUAUUAAGUUUGAAAAUAUUAAGUGCAAUAAAUCUACUAGCACAGAUUUCAUUUUGUUGCAGUUGGCAUACACUGAGGAUUAUUUUUAAAAAAUCAGAUUUUACAUAAUGCCUAUUUCUGGUAGAUGUCUUAUAAGAAUAUUUGCUUUCUCUAAGUUAUUUAGAUGGUGGAUAUAUAAAAUGUACAGAUUUGUUCUUUGUUCUGAAUAUAUUUCUCAAAUGUAUACCUGUAUUAUAAUAACCUCCCAGUUCUAGGGAAAAUUUGUGCAAUAAACACAUAUGUCAAUUUGAUGCA